CAGCCACGUGGACCAAGUCGGCGCGCGGAGCUCCGCGGUUCCAUUGGGGUUUGCGGUGCUCCCCGCCUCAGCUCGCUCCUCAUGGCGGCCCUGGUGUUGGAGGAUGGCUCCGUGCUGCGGGGCCAGCCCUUCGGAGCCGCCGUGUCGGCUGCUGGGGAAGUGGUCUUUCAGACCGGCAUGGUGGGUUACCCCGAGGCCCUCACAGACCCUUCCUACAAAGCCCAGAUUCUCGUGCUGACAUACCCUCUGAUCGGCAACUACGGCAUUCCCUCAGACGAAUUGGACGAGUUCGGCCUAAGCAAGUGGUUUGAAUCCUCAGAGAUACACGUGGCAGGACUGGUAGUGGGAGAGUGCUGCCCCACGCCCAGUCACUGGAGUGCCCACUGUACCCUUCAUGAGUGGCUGCAGCAGCAUGGAAUUCCUGGCCUGCAAGGAGUGGACACUCGGGAGCUGACUAAGAAGUUGCGGGAACAAGGGUCUCUGCUGGGGAAGCUGGUCCAAAAUGGAACAGAGCCUUCAUCCCUGCCAUUCUUGGAUCCCAAUGCCCAGCCCCUGGUGCCAGAAGUCUCCAUUAAGAUUCCCCGGGUAUUCAAUGCAGGUGGUGCCCCUCGGAUCCUUGCUUUGGAUUGUGGCCUUAAGUAUAAUCAGAUCCGAUGUCUCUGCAAGCAUGGGGCCGAGGUCACUGUGGUACCCUGGUACCACACAUUAGACAGCCAAGAGUAUGAUGGUCUCUUUCUAAGUAAUGGACCUGGGGAUCCUGCCUCCUAUCCCAGUGUGGUAUCCAAACUGAGCCGAGUUUUGGCUGAGCCUAGUCCUCGGCCUGUCUUUGGAAUUUGCCUGGGACACCAACUCUUGGCCUUAGCCAUUGGGGCCAAGACUUACAAGAUGAGAUAUGGAAACCGAGGCCAUAACCAACCCUGUUUGCUGGUGGGCUCUGGUCGCUGCUUUCUGACAUCCCAGAAUCACGGAUUUGCUGUGGAAGCAGACUCAUUACCACUGGGCUGGGCUCCUCUGUUCACCAAUGCCAAUGAUGGCUCCAAUGAAGGCAUUGUACAUGAUAGUUUGCCCUUCUUCAGUGUCCAGUUUCACCCAGAACACCGAGCUGGCCCUUCAGAUAUGGAGCUGCUCUUUGAUAUCUUUUUGGAAACUGUGAGAGAAGCAGAGAACCCCAGCAGCCAGACAGUUCGAGAGCGGCUUAUUGAGCGCCUCUGUCCUCCUGGGCUUCCCACCCCUGGUUCUGGCCUCCCACCACCAAGAAAGGUUCUGAUCCUAGGUUCAGGGGGCCUCUCCAUUGGACAAGCUGGGGAGUUUGACUACUCCGGCUCUCAGGCAAUUAAGGCCCUAAAGGAGGAGAACAUCCAGACAUUGCUGAUCAACCCCAACAUUGCCACAGUGCAGACUUCUCAGGGGCUGGCUGAUAAGGUCUACUUCCUUCCCAUCACACCUCACUAUGUAACCCAGGUGAUACGUAAUGAACGUCCAGAUGGCAUAUUGUUGACUUUUGGGGGCCAGACAGCUCUGAACUGUGGUGUGGAACUAACUAAGGCUGGGGUGCUAGCUCGCUAUGGGGUCCGGGUGUUGGGCACCCCUGUGGAGACCAUUGAGCUGACUGAGGAUCGCCGUGCAUUUGCCGCCACAAUGGCCGAGAUUGGAGAGCAUGUGGCCCCUAGUGAGGCAGCAAGCUCUCUUGAACAGGCCCAGGCAGCUGCUGAGCGACUGGGCUACCCUGUGCUGGUGCGUGCAGCCUUUGCCCUGGGUGGCCUUGGCUCUGGCUUUGCCUCCACCAAGGAGGAACUUUUAGCUCUCGUGGCCCCUGCUUUUGCUCAUACUAGCCAAGUACUGAUAGACAAGUCUCUGAAGGGCUGGAAGGAGAUUGAGUAUGAGGUGGUGAGAGACGCCUAUGGCAACUGUGUGACGGUAUGUAAUAUGGAGAACUUAGACCCAUUGGGCAUCCAUACUGGCGAGUCCAUAGUGGUGGCUCCAAGCCAGACGCUGAAUGACAGAGAGUACCAACUCCUGCGACAAACAGCUAUCAAGGUCACCCAGCACCUGGGGAUUGUUGGGGAGUGCAACGUGCAGUAUGCUUUGAACCCAGAGUCUGAGCAGUAUUACAUCAUCGAAGUGAAUGCCAGGCUCUCCCGCAGCUCUGCCCUGGCCAGUAAGGCUACAGGCUAUCCAUUAGCCUAUGUAGCAGCCAAGCUAGCUUUGGGCAUUCCUCUGCCAGAGCUCAGGAACUCUGUUACUGGGGGAACAGCAGCCUUUGAACCCAGCCUGGACUACUGUGUGGUGAAGAUUCCUCGUUGGGACCUCAGCAAGUUCCUGCGUGUCAGCACAAAGAUUGGGAGCUGCAUGAAGAGUGUGGGUGAAGUCAUGGGCAUUGGGCGUUCAUUUGAGGAGGCUUUCCAAAAGGCUUUGCGCAUGGUGGAUGAGAACUGUGUGGGGUUUGACCACACAGUGAAGCCAGUCAGUGAUGUGGAGUUGGAGACACCCACAGAUAAACGAAUCUUUGUGGUAGCCGCUGCUCUGUGGGCUGGGUACUCAGUAGAGCGCCUCUAUGAGCUCACACGCAUAGACUGCUGGUUCCUGCACCGAAUGAAGCGCAUUGUGACCCACGCCCAGCUGCUGGAACAACACCGCGGACAACCUUUGCCCCCAGACCUGCUUCACCAGGCCAAGUGUCUUGGCUUCUCAGACAAACAGAUUGCCCUUGCAGUUCUGAGCACAGAGCUGGCUGUUCGCAAGCUACGUCAAGAACUGGGAAUCUGCCCAGCUGUGAAACAAAUUGACACAGUUGCAGCCGAGUGGCCAGCCCACACAAAUUACUUGUACCUGACAUAUGGGGGCAAUACCCAUGACCUCACUUUUCGAACACCUCAUGUUCUGGUUCUUGGCUCUGGUGUCUACCGGAUCGGCUCCAGCGUUGAGUUUGAUUGGUGUGCUGUAGGCUGCAUCCAGCAGCUCCGAAAGAUGGGUUAUAAGACCAUCAUGGUGAACUACAACCCCGAGACGGUCAGCACUGACUAUGACAUGUGUGACCGACUCUACUUUGAUGAGAUCUCUUUUGAGGUAGUGAUGGACAUCUAUGAGCUGGAGAACCCUGAAGGUGUGAUCCUGUCCAUGGGUGGGCAGUUGCCCAACAACAUGGCCAUGGCUUUGCACCGGCAGCAAUGCCGAGUCCUGGGUACCUCCCCCGAAGCUAUUGAUUCAGCUGAGAACCGAUUCAAGUUCUCCCGGCUCCUAGACACCAUCGGUAUCAGCCAGCCUCAGUGGAGGGAGCUCAGUGACUUAGAGUCAGCUCGCCAGUUCUGCCAGACCGUGAGAUACCCCUGCGUUGUGCGCCCUUCCUAUGUGUUGAGUGGUGCUGCUAUGAAUGUGGCCUAUACAGAUGGGGACCUGGAGCGCUUCCUGAGCAGUGCAGCAGCUGUCUCCAAGGAGCACCCCGUGGUCAUCUCCAAGUUCAUUCAGGAGGCCAAGGAGAUAGAUGUGGAUGCUGUGGCUAGUGAUGGCAUGGUGGCAGCCAUUGCCAUCUCUGAACAUGUGGAGAAUGCAGGUGUGCAUUCAGGUGAUGCCACGCUGGUGACCCCCCCACAAGACAUCACCCCCAAAACACUGGAGCGGAUCAAAGCCAUUGUUCAUGCUGUGGGCCAGGAGCUACAGGUCACAGGACCUUUCAAUCUGCAGCUCAUUGCCAAGGACGACCAGCUGAAAGUUAUUGAAUGCAACGUGCGUGUGUCUCGCUCCUUCCCCUUUGUGUCCAAGACGCUAGGAGUUGACCUAGUAGCUUUGGCCACACGGAUCAUCAUGGGGGAGAAGGUGGAACCUGUGGGGCUCAUGACUGGCUCUGGAGUUGUGGGGGUAAAGGUGCCUCAGUUCUCCUUUUCUCGCUUGGCGGGUGCUGAUGUGGUAUUAGGUGUGGAGAUGACAAGUACUGGGGAGGUGGCUGGCUUUGGGGAGAGCCGAUGUGAGGCCUACCUCAAGGCCAUGCUAAGCACUGGCUUUAAGAUCCCCAAGAAGAAUAUCCUGCUGACAAUUGGCAGCUAUAAGAACAAAAGUGAACUGCUCCCAACUGUGCGGCUGCUAGAGAGCCUGGGCUAUAGCCUCUAUGCUAGUCUGGGUACAGCUGACUUCUACACUGAGCACGGUGUCAAGGUAACAGCUGUGGACUGGCACUUUGAAGAGGCUGUGGAUGGUGAGUGCCCACCACAGCGGAGCAUCCUGGAACAGCUAGCUGAGAAUCACUUUGAGCUAGUGAUUAACCUGUCCAUGCGUGGAGCUGGGGGCCGGCGUCUCUCCUCCUUUGUCACCAAGGGCUACCGUACCCGCCGGCUGGCUGCUGACUUCUCUGUGCCCCUCAUCAUUGAUAUCAAGUGCACCAAACUCUUUGUGGAGGCCCUAGGCCAGAUUGGCCCAGCCCCCCCUCUGAAGGUGCAUGUAGAUUGCAUGACCUCCCAGAAGCUUGUGCGACUCCCUGGAUUGAUAGAUGUUCAUGUGCAUUUGCGGGAGCCAGGUGGGACACACAAGGAGGACUUUUCCUCAGGUACAGCCGCGGCCCUGGCUGGGGGUGUCACCAUGGUGUGUGCCAUGCCGAAUACCCGGCCCCCCAUCAUCGAUGCCCCUGCUCUGGCUCUUGCCCAGAAGCUGGCAGAGGCUGGCGCCCGCUGUGACUUUGCUCUGUUCCUUGGGGCUUCAUCUGAAAACGCAGGAACCCUGAGUGCUGUGGCUGGGUCUGCAGCAGGGUUGAAGCUCUACCUCAAUGAAACCUUCUCUGAGCUGCAACUGGACAGCAUUGCCCAGUGGAUGGAGCACUUUGAGACUUGGCCAUCCCACCUCCCCAUUGUGGCCCAUGCAGAGCGGCAGAGUGUUGCUGCCAUCCUUAUGGUGGCCCAGCUGACCCAGCGCCCAGUACACAUAUGUCAUGUGGCACGGAAGGAGGAGAUCCUGCUGAUUAAAGCUGCAAAGGCACAGGGGCUGGCAGUUACCUGUGAGGUUGCACCACACCACCUGUUCUUGAGCCGAGAUGACCUGGAGCGACUGGGGCCUGGGAAGGGGGAUGUCCGGCCUGAGCUUAGUUCCCGAGAGGAUGUAGAAGCACUGUGGGAGAAUAUGGCUGUCAUUGACUGCUUUGCUUCAGACCAUGCACCCCACACCUUGGAAGAGAAGUGUGGGCCCAAGCCUCCACCUGGCUUCCCAGGCCUAGAGACCAUGCUGCCACUACUGCUGACAGCUGUGAGUGAGGGCCGGCUCAGUCUGGAUGACCUACUGCAGCGACUACACCACAAUCCUCGACGGAUCUUCCACCUGCCCCCACAGGAGGACACCUAUGUGGAGGUGGACCUGGAGCACGAGUGGACAAUCCCCAGCCACAUGCCCUUCUCCAAGGCCCACUGGACACCAUUUGAAGGGCUGAAGGUGAAGGGUACUGUCCGCCGUGUGGUCUUGCGAGGAGAGGUUGCUUAUAUCGAUGGGCAGGUGCUGGUAUCCCCAGGCUAUGGACAAGAUGUGAGGAAGUGGCCACAGGGGGCUGUUCCCCAGCUCCCUCCUUCAACUCCUGCCACUGAGGUGACCACGACUCCUGAGAGGCCACGCCGCGGCAUCCAAGGCCUUCCUGAUGGUCGCUUCCACCUGCCACCCCGAAUUCACCGAGCCUCUGACCCAGGUUUGCCAGCCGAGGAGCCCAAGGAGAAGUCCUCCAGGAAGGCAGCAGAGUUAGAGCUGAUGGGAACCCCUGAUGGCACCUGCUACGUUUCACCACCAGUACCUAGACAGGCAUCACCCCAGAACCUGGGGACCCCUGGCCUGCUGCAUCCCCAGACCUCACCCUUGCUACACUCAUUAGUGGGCCAACAUAUCCUGUCUGUCAAGCAGUUCACCAAGGAUCAGAUGUCUCAUCUGUUCAAUGUGGCGCACACACUGCGAAUGAUGGUGCAGAAAGAGCGGAGCCUCGAUAUCCUCAAGGGCAGAGUCAUGGCCUCCAUGUUCUACGAGGUGAGCACGCGCACCAGCAGCUCCUUCGCAGCAGCCAUGGCCCGGCUUGGGGGUGCUGUGCUCAGCUUCUCGGAAGCCACGUCUUCUGUCCAGAAGGGCGAGUCCCUGGCUGACUCUGUGCAGACUAUGAGCUGCUAUGCUGAUGUUGUAGUGCUCCGGCAUCCCCAGCCUGGGGCAGUGGAGUUGGCAGCCAAGCACUGCCGGAGACCAGUUAUUAAUGCUGGAGAUGGGGUUGGAGAGCAUCCCACCCAGGCACUGCUGGACAUCUUCACCAUACGGGAGGAGCUGGGGACUGUCAACGGCAUGACGAUCACUAUGGUGGGUGACCUGAAGCAUGGACGCACAGUGCACUCCCUGGCCUGCCUGCUCACCCAGUACCGAGUCAGCCUACGCUAUGUGGCACCUCCCAGCCUGCGUAUGCCACCCAGUGUGUGGGCUUUUGUGGCCUCUCGAGGCACCAAGCAGGAAGAAUUUGAGAGCAUUGAGGAGGCGCUGCCUGACACUGAUGUCCUCUACAUGACUCGAAUCCAGAAGGAACGAUUUGGCUCUGCCCAGGAAUAUGAAGCCUGCUUUGGUCAAUUCAUCCUCACUCCCCACAUCAUGACCCGGGCCAAGAAAAAGAUGGUGGUGAUGCACCCGAUGCCCCGCGUCAACGAGAUAAGUGUGGAGGUGGACCCAGAUCCCCGAGCAGCCUACUUCCGCCAGGCUGAGAAUGGCAUGUACAUCCGAAUGGCUCUGUUAGCUACUGUGCUGGGCCGUUUCUAGAGCCCAGCUUCCUCUACUGGUUUUCUUCAGGUCCAGCUGCUGGGCAAGGAAUCCCAGUGCCCCCCAAGGGGGCAGCACAUGUAGCAGACACUUUGGAACAUCCAGAUAGCUCACACACAUCGAGGCACAUACCGGGAGCCAUGCUUUGGGCCCUGGAUUAGAACUCUGGUUUGGGGAUGCAGCCUCAUAUACUGGGGACCCAUAUCUGUUCUGCACCUCAGAUCUGUACAGUUACUUUUCUACUGACCAAUAAACAGCCAAGUAGUUCCUGCUUCCUUGUAAGUACCAUUGACUUUGGCAGAGGAUGCUACUGUGGUGAGACAAAGGAGCCAGCCUCACUGGUAGUUUGUUAAACUUGGGCUGGCACAUGCUCUUCUGUUGGUAAUCUCUAGGUCAUGUGUAUUUUCCCUGACACCAAAGCUCAGCUGGGUACUCUGUGUCCAUCCACCCUCAACUAGUUGCACUCCAGGUCCUGACCAACAAGGCUUGGCUGCCUUCCUGAGCCUGGGAGAACACCCAGGUCAUGGUAAAUGGCUGCACACUGGGUCCAAGAAGCUGUAGUUCAUUAUCUUCCAGGCCCUUGCUCUAUCCUCCUGUGUGGUUAGCCCUUUCUGUUGGCUAGGGCUACUGUCAUUUCAGGGAGCCCCUCUUUCUAUCCCUGGGAACCUCUGCUUGAUGUUGUGGAGGGCUGAAGAGCAUUUGGCUUAGAGGCCCUGGGGAAAAGACAGAGCUUCCUGGAGCAGCUAGUCCAUGAACUUUAGUAGCAUUCAAGGAAUUUCAUCUCGUGUUCCAACAGACUUGAUUUAGUGUGCUCUGGGCAUAAAGUACCAUGUGCAGUGGGAGCAAAUGGCAAGACAAUAAAGUCACUCUCCAUUU